ACCCCAGUUCAUUGAAACUAACGUAAGGCAAGAUGCGUCUAACUCUCCUGGCUGUCAUUGGAAUCCUGUCCCUGGCCUAUGCCUACGCUUUGGAUGAUGCUAGUAACAGCGCUCAGGUGAUCCUCCUUGAGGGUCCAGGUUAUUCCAACGAAGGACCUCGGUCCCGAGAGUCUAGCGAAGAGCUGGGCUUUUGGGAUUAUCAAGAUCGGAUUUUGGGACGAUAGCCCGAAGUCGUGGUAGAAUUGCUUUGGUCAAACCCACUACUUUCCCCAUGUCAAAAGGACACACCCGGAUGUCUAGGCGUGAAUAAAGAACAUUUAAGUAUACAAAUCAAUUGUCAACUAGUUAGCCUUGGCAUAUGUUUUUCUAAAGGAGUUAAUACAAUCUAUCAGUUAAAAUUUAUUCUGUAAGAUAUUUUUUGUCAUCCAAAUUUGUAUUAGGUCUGCUGUAAAAUAAUAUUAUAUUCCUGGUGUUGUUAAAACCUCACAGCUUAAA